AUGGAUUUAACUUAUGAUUAUCUGCUAACAGUGGCAGAAAGCCUUCUAGAAUAAAGUGAAUUACCUAAAGAAAUUUUAAAUAAAUAUUAUUCAUUAAAAUAAUUGACAUUCACAUCAAAAGAAUAGAAGAGUCUUAAAUAAUCUAGCAUCAAAUAUCUAUAUUCGUCAUAUAUUUCCAUAUUGUAAAGUGUAAUUCUAAAUGCGGAUGUACAACCUUUGAUAACAAAUCUAAGAUAGGAUAUUAUACAAGGAGGCAAUAUUGAUUUGCUUGAAUACUUUGAAGAAUAAAUCACCAUUAUGGAGAGAAAUCUAGCGAAUUCAAAGCUUAAUUAUACUAGGAUUGAACAUGAUAAGGAGGAGUUAAGAUUUGAAAAUUUAAAGUUACAUAGAUAAAUUAAAGAGCUGCAUGAUUAAAAUCAUUAGCUGAUUCAAGAAAUGACAAGCAUUAAAACAAAUUAUCAAGAGGAGCUAAAAAAGUAGUUGGCUCAAUUCUAAUAAUCAACUCAGCAGUAUAUAGAAUAAUCUUUGAGCCAUUCUAAAUAAAAGUCGAACACAGAUCCAUUUUAGUAAAAAAGCUAUGAAGAUAGCAUUAUAAAGUAGAUAAAAAAUGAAAAUGAUAACUUAAAAAAAGAAAUACAAUAAUUGCAAUAAUUUUAGAUAGAAAAUAUUAAGCAAGUUGUUGGGCAGUUGACUGAAAAAGUGAAUGUAAAUGAGAUUGAUAAGAUUACAUCGAUUUCUGACAUAUUGCAAGAAUAUAAACAAAAAAUGGAAUUUUUUAGUCAAAAGAUUGAAGAACAAAAGUAAAAAGAUGCAGAUGAUUAAGUAGAAAAAAGCACAAUCCUUCAGCACCUGAAAACAUUCAGUGCAAAAUAUGAAAAACUGUUAAUUAAAUAUUAAAGUGAAGUUAACUCAUAAGAGUUCCUGAGAUUAAAUGAAGAACUUGCUUUUUAUGCAGAUUUCUUAAUUUAUGUAACAAAUAAAUUCGAAACAGAUAAUAUGUGGCUCAUCUAAAAGUUAGUAGAAAUGAAUAAGUAAACAGAAAUACUCGAAAGAUCAAGGAUACUAAACGAAAAAAAGAGUUUUUAUGACGAUCUAGAACAGACUUACAUCGAAAUGAAGCAUGAGUUGCAAAGCACAGCUAAGAAGAAUACAAAACUAAAAAAUUUAAACUUACCAUAAUAAUAGCAAUUUUAGCAAUAGUAUUAUUCUUGA